CCACUGAAGUGUCUCAUGCGCCGAGGUUAGCGUCCCACAGGUCAACGUUUAGAGCGUUUGUGUGUACGCCAUACGCGCAGCGCCGCAGCGGUGUGUACCGUGUACGCGUUCAUAGUUUAGUUGCCACUCGCCGCGUAGUACGUACACCCGUAGUAGGGAUGCGCCGCCGCCUCUUCGGCAUCCUUCUUCUCCUAUAACCUCUUCGGCAUUAUAGUUUCCGCCCCACCCUCCGACCCGCCACCGCCGUUCCCUCCGACCGCGGCCGCCCGAAAUUCGCCUCGGCGGGGCAGCCCUUCUCCCACUCAUCGUAUUUUUUUUCAUUCCGUCUCUCUCGCGCGCCCGUCUUCUCCCGCCGCGCAUCCCUUCUCGCUCGCGCCGCGUUCCCUCCCACCACCACCGCCGCAUCCACUGCUAUUCGGGGGGGAGACGCCCGACGCACGAACAUCCAUCCGAAAGACCCUCUUUUUUUUUCACGGCGACCGUCGACGACAAUGUCCUCUACACCGCACGACCUGCAACUGUACAUUUUACAAUAAUAUAUAUAAGUAUAUUAUAUAUUAUUAUUCUUCUUUCCUUUUUUUUAAAAAUCUCAUCCUUCUCCAGGUUUUCCUUCUGACGUGCGGCCGUGCGGGUCGACUAUAGUUUUAUUUAUUUCCUCCUAGUUAGUUUUAGUCAUCGCCGUUUGUCCGUCUCAAAUGCCUCCGGUCGUCGUUUACUUAUACCGAUUGUUAAUUUCGCACGUAGCGUUCAGUGUUCAUUAGUUCGUAAUCCGCGCCGCCGCUGUUCCAGUGUUCGUACGCGCUGUAACUCGUCCACACACGCGUGCACUCAAACACACUCACGCGCGCUCAUCGCGCACACGCACGCACCGUCUCCUGUUAUCUCAGGUCUAUUCAGUUUUUUCAAAAAUUACUUUAUAUUGACCCAAAUUACCAACGGGCCAAUGAAGUACAUCUUAGAUUGGGUUUGAUGUACAAAGUGUUUAAUGAGUGGGAAACAGCAUUAAAACAUUUAAAACACGCAUAUUCAGAUGUUAGUUUAAGCACAUUUUCCAAACUUGAAAUAAGCUUCCAUAUAGCUCAUUUAUAUGAAGUACAAGGAAAGUACAAGUUAGCUAAAGAUCAUUAUGAACAACUCUUAAACGAUUCAAAAAUUACUGUUCAUCUACGUGCCGACAUUUGUAGACAGUUAGGAUGGAUGUACCACAGUUGUGAAUGUCUAGGAGAUAAAAAUCAUCGUGAAACCGUUGCUAUUCAAUAUUUACAGAAAUCUAUUGAAGCUGAUAACAAAUCAGGACAGUCACUUUAUUUAUUAGGGCGUUGUUAUGCAAGUGUGGGAAAAGUUCAUGAUGCAUUUAUAGCAUAUCGUAAUUCUGUUGAAAAAUCUGAAGGAAAUGCUGACACAUGGUGUUCCAUUGGAGUACUCUAUCAACAACAGAACCAGCCUAUGGAUGCAUUGCAAGCAUAUAUAUGUGCAGUGCAAUUAGAUAAAGGCCAUAGUGCAGCUUGGACUAAUCUUGGUAUAUUGUAUGAAAGUUGUAACCAACCAAAAGACGCUCUUGCUUGUUACGUUAAUGCAACAAAAGGUAAUGCUGUAGUUAGUGAAACGUUGAUUAAAACGACCUUAAAUGUUCCAGCAUCUGCAAUAUCGAACAUGAAUCCUAACCUUGGUCAACGUAUUAAGUUUUUACAAACUCAUUUAUGCAAUGCACCAAUGCCUAGUAUUACUAGCAAGCGACGACAAUUACCUUCAAUUGAAGAGGCUUGGAAUUUACCAAUUUCAGCAGAAAUGUCUUCAAGACAACAACAACAACAACAACAACAACAACAACAACAACAACAGCAACAGCAACAGCAACAGCAACAGCAACAACAAAAGACUGUACAAACACCAUAUCAAAAAUCUCAGGAUAUGAUUGCUACACCCCAUGGGCAACCUCCUCCUCCUCCUCCUUAUAAUUCAUCUAAAUCAGAUAACCCAUUAGAAAAUAAUACUAAAAGAAUCAAAGUUGAACCUCAAACUGGCAGUAAUAGUAAUCCUCCUCAACCUGCAUUUUAUUUAAAUAGUAUGCAACUUCAAACAAUGAAUGUUCUUCAAGAAAAUUCUAAUAAUUUAUCACAUAAGCAACAAGCAUUGCUACAACAGUUGCAAAAUAACUAUCGUAUGAUGCAACAACAUCAACAGCAAUUGCGGUUGAAACAACAACAACAAAAUGGCACUAGUCAACAAGAACAAUAUCAAAAUCCUACUGUGAUAAAACAGUUCUCUGACCAAAGCCGAGGAGACUCAAAAUCCAAUGAUUUAAUUGAUGGUUCAAGUGAAAAUCAAGAGUUGGAUAGAGAAUUGCAAGCUCUCCUAUCCCACAAAGAAUUAACUACUUCAUUAGCUGAAGAUUUGCUCAAACAGUUUGGUUCAUCAGAUGAAUUGGAUAUUAAAAAUAAACCUAAUACUUCUACAUCACCUCAAGAAGUCAAAACUAUACAACAGCCUACAACUGAAAAGGUAGUUAGAUAUCAAGAUUCAAGUUCAUCGGAUACCGAUUAUUCUUUGGACUUAACUGCUGAGGAGGUUUUGGAAACUGCCGAGAAAGAAACAGGACCUGGUAUGUGGAACAGAAAUGUAUUGAGUCCAAAUGGGCCACCACCCACACCUCCAGAACCUCCUCCUCAACAAUUGACUCGUGAACAAUUACUGCCAUCUACUCCAUCAGUUAUGCUUGAAAAUAAAAAAGACGCAUUUAGUCCAAGAUUACAAGAAUUUUGUUUAAAAAAUCCUAUUGCUGUUGUUCGAUGCUUAGCUGGUGCCCUAAAAUUAGAUUUGGGAUUGUUUUCAACUCGAUCAUUAGUAGAAACUAACCCAGAUCAUUCUGUUGAAGUUCGAACACAAGUAAUGCAGAACAGUGAUGAUAACUGGGAUGUGAAACAAAAUCGAAGAGGGUGGGCUUGUAUUAGCCAUAGAUCACAUACAACCAUUGCUAAAUAUGCUCAAUACCAAGCUUCCAGUUUUCACGAAUCAAUAAGAGACGAAAAAGAUGGUAUACCAAGCGUUCAUUCAGUUCCUAAUUCAAAUUUAUCCGACUCUGAUUCUAAAGACUCAAUCACUAUGGAAAAAAAACGGAAAAAGAAUAUCAAUUUACCUGGUGUGAAACCUCCUGCUGGUAGUAAAAUGCUCAAGUUUGGAACUAAUGUGGAUUUGUCUGAUGAGAAAAAAUGGCGUCCACAACUUCAAGAACUUACUAAACUACCAGCAUUCGCACGAGUUGUUUCUGCUGCUAAUAUGCUUUCACAUGUUGGACAUUCAAUAUUAGGCAUGAAUACUGUUCAGUUAUACAUGAAAGUUCCUGGUAGCCGAACACCUGGGCAUCAAGAGAAUAACAAUUUUUGCUCGAUUAAUAUUAAUAUUGGCCCUGGUGAUUGUGAAUGGUUUGCUGCACCUGAUGCUUACUGGGGUGUCAUUAAUAACCUUUGUGAAAAGUACGGAUUAAAUUACUUACAUGGGUCUUGGUGGCCACUGGUUGAAGAUUUACUUGCAGCAAAUGUCCCUUUGUAUAGAUUUUUACAAAGACCCGGUGACAUGGUUUGGGUAAAUUCAGGUUGUGUCCAUUGGGUUCAAGCUGUUGGUUGGUGUAAUAAUAUUGCAUGGAAUGUGGGUCCUUUAACGGCUAGACAAUAUCAUCUUGCUAUAGAACGCUAUGAGUGGAAUAAACUGCAAAGUUAUAAAAGUAUUGUACCAAUGAUUCAUUUAAGUUGGAAUUUAGCAAGGAACAUAAAAGUAUCAGAUCCAAGACUUUAUGAUCUUGUUAAAAUGUGCUUAAUGUGUUCUCUUCGGCAAUGUGGUAUAACCUUGGAAUUUAUAAAGGUUAAAAAAAUUCAAACCCGUUUUCAUGGUAGAGGCAAAAAUGAAGCUUCACAUUAUUGUCAUGACUGCGAUGUGGAAGUAUUCAAUAUUCUUUUAAUCCGUGAACAAGAGAAAAAACAUUGCGUUUAUUGUGUUAUUUGUGCAAAGAAACAAUCUCCAAAUUUGGAAGGGUUUGUCUGUCUAGAAGAGUAUAAAAUGUCUGAACUAAUAGAAAUCUAUAACAGUUUUAUAUUACAUUGUCAUACUACACCUGUACUGCCACCUAGUAAUAAUACUGUAGCGCAAUUAACGUAAGUUGCUGCAAUAAAAAAAUGUUUCUCCUUUUAUUAAUAUAUAAUAUGUAUGUAUGUGUAUAUAUAUAUAUAUAUAUAUAUAUAUAUAUAUAUAUAUAUUGUGUAUGUGUGUGUAUAUUUGUGUAUAAAAAAACUUCGAGGAUUUGAAUGUUUAAGUAUUCUACCUAAUUUCUUAAACAAUAUUUUCUACACAACUUUAAUUUUGAAAAAUGUAACAUUUUUAUAAUGUAAAUUAUUAUAAUAAACCUUAUGCAUAUUUUUGGAUUAUUAUCUUAAUUUUAUCGAUAAACUCAAAUUAUUCUCAACUGUAAAAAAUACUUUAACGUUGAAUAUAUUUUUGAACCGUUUAUUAUAUUUAAAAGAUUAAUGUUAAGAUAACAAAUUUUAAUAUCACAGCAUCUUACACAAUAUGUAUAAUGUAUAAAAUGUUUUUUGUCUAACAUGUGAUGUUUAUGUACAAACGUAUAAACCAUUUAAUUGGUUUAUGAAUCAAAUGUCUAUACGUUCUCUUUGUCUGAUAAAUAUUUUAACUUUUUUACAUUUUUAUACACAUUUUAAUCUACAUAUAUUUUUUAAAUUGUAGAUUCUUUAACCUUAAUCACCCCAAAAAAUUGCUUUACAUAAAAUUUGUAGUAACUGCAAUAAUUAGGGAAUUUUAUAGUAAACGGUUCUUGAGUAUCAAAUUGGUUUCAUGAAAAAUUUUUCCAUAUUUAAGUUUAUGGCAGCUCAUUGCACACAUGUGUUCACGUAAAUUGUACAAAAUUUAAAGGACUGUUAAUGCCAUUUAUAGUAAAUGCAUAAUAAUUAAUAACUAUAAGAAACAAGUAGAAAAAUAUUGUAUAUAUAUAUUAUGUAAACUUAAAUUUGGUUGUUAUAUCUACACACCUUUCUAGAAUUUUUCAGAUCUCAGCGUUUUUUUUUUCUACCGUAAUGUUUUAACAUGAUUAACAUGAUAUUUUUAUACUGAAAAAUCAAAUUUUAUUUUAUUUUUAUCUAAAUGUUUUUUUCUCGUGCCUUUAUUCUGAAAAUUAUUUUUUCAAAGUACAAAAUUGUAUGUUUUUUUUUAUUCAUAAUACUAUAUAGUCAUAAGAUUAUGCGGAUACUGAAUUUUGAUUUAUUUUCUUUUUCUUUAUUAGUUAUUUUAUAAACAGUAGUACAAAAUAACGAGCCUUAUAUUUUAAAGCUGGAGUUACAUGGAUAAAUAUGAGGUCCAAUAAAAUUAUAUAUAUACCAUAGUAUUUUUUUAAAAAUAUUAUUUGAUUAAGCUACUGUUUAUAAGUACAUUUUAUUUGAAGACCAUGUUUACUUUACAAUGGGUUUAUAAACCUAUUUAAGUAUUAUGUUAAAGUAAUUUAAAUAAUAUUGCUAUACAUAAUUAUAUUUUGUUUCUUGGUUCUUUAAAUUUAAAUUUAAAUAAUUAUCCAAAUAAAAUUCAAAAAUAAUUUUUAUUAAGUAAAAGGUAUGUUCCAUUUCCUCUUUAUAUAUAAAUAUAUAAUUGUUUUCAAUAUAUUAAUUAUAUUAUUUUCAUCUGGUCAAUUUUUGGGUUCCUUAUUCAAUUAAAAAAAAAAAAAAAAAAUAUUUUGGACAUUAAUUUCAUUUUUUGAAUUAAUUUAUAACUAUUAUUGUGUUAAUUAGUAUAUUUUUUUUUUCAAAUUUAGUCAAAAAUGUGUUUAGUUCAAUUUUGUAGUAAUUUAUUUUUUAGCCACAUUUGAGUAAGACAACUUAUCACUGCCAUAAACUAAGACGAGACUUCUCGUCCUCGUCACCUAGUACUGAUUUUAGCUGUGCGUUUUUUUUUUUUUAUAAACAACAUGUGAAUGUUGUAUUUUAAAUGUGUUCAAUAGUUUUACAUAUUUAAAUCUAUUUUAUUUAUAUUAUGUUAAUACAAAAAUCAUUGACUUCUUUAAAUAAGUAAUAGCUUUUAAUUUUAGUUUGAAUAUAAAUGUAUUGUAUUUUAAAAACAUUUAUUUAGAUUUAAGUUACAGUUUCAAAUUUAUUUUUAGUUAUGAAAACAAACAUUAUUCUUAUUAUAUAUUAUUCUUUAUAAGCUUAGAUAAAUAUUAAAAACCUAACCUGGUGUUAAGUAGCGAAUUAUUGUAAUAUUGAAAUCAUAUAUUCAGCUGUCAAAAGCCGACUUGUAUUCAUUGUAUAAAAUAGUUGAUCUCAUGAUUAUUUUAUUUUUCAAAUGAUAAAAUUAUAUUAUAAAAUAUUGUAAUAAAGCUUUAAACAAUAGAAUAACUUUCGUGUAAA